AUGCAACAGUCACUUAAAAACCAGGAGCACAUAUGGGCCGUGCUUCAGAAGAUGCGGAUGGAGAUGAAUGAGUGCUUCGCGGAGCAUGAGAGAAUGCUUCGACAGGCGCACGGACAACUAAAGGAGCGUUUAGAUAAAAUUGAGUCUGCUUUUGUCGCCCGUAACGGCGGAGUCGGACAACUUGUGGGGAAUUCUUCAAGCAGCCUGGGGCAUCUGGACCACGCCACGCCCGUAUAUACACGGUUUGUUUCCGACAAAAAAGGGAGUCCGGCGGGAAUGCGCGUCACGAUGCUCUCCACACCACCCAAUGAGCGGAUGCAGCUUAUGCCCCCGGAUUCCCGUGGGGCGAGGAGUGACGUUUUGCCACAGCCAGUAGAUCCCACGGAUUGGGUAGCGUUGGCGGCCCCCAGCCGUCAAGAAGCCACACCGGCGGUCUCCCCGCAUAACCGGUGGACCAACGAUGAUUCGAUCCAUGCUGAAAAAACCCCUUCUGUAGAUGCCACCUGUUUUGAGGCGCUCAACAACCUAAUGAAUGAUGACGAUUUUCAGCAUUCCACGUUGGAAUCUGUGAUUCCAUCUUACACUCAAGAUGACGACUCAAAGCAGUUGCAAAGUCAGCCGAAUUUAGGUACAUACACGAAGAAGAAUGAUAUUAUCCACAUGGGGGCACCAGGCUCUUCGCAAACUCAGCACUUCACGAAGAGUUUAAAGGUUACAUAUAUGGAUGGCCGCCCGCAGGCUGUGCCCAUUCCGGAUGGACCUCCGGAUGAACCGGAUAAAUUGGGCAUCGAUGUUAACGCUCAAUGUAAGGUUUUGGUUGAAUUUAAGCGCAAACGUGUACUGCAGUUUGAGUCAAAGGAGUACGUUCCGCCCGGCAGCUACGUCAUGGUGGGUGGCGACCGCGGUGAGGAUCUUGGGCUUGUGACAUACACGUGGUGUGAGACAACGAAGUCCUUAAAAGGUGAACUUGGUGAAUUUGGCAACGGCAGCAACAAAACCGUUGUUUUGUGUGUUGGGCUUACCGGUAGUACUCUCACCCGCAGUAUUGGUCUUGGUGCAGGCACUGUGUUGCGACUUGCAGAUGAUUCCGAUGUGAAACAGUUGCAUACUGUGCAAGUGGAACUUGAACGACGUGCCAUCGACGUCUGUUCCCAGCGUGUCCUCGAGCGUGGGCUGCCCAUGACCAUCGUGGACGCCGAGUACCAGUUUGAUAAGAAGAAACUUACAUUUUUUUACGAGGCGCAACAAAGAAUGGACUUUCGUGAGUUGGUGCGGGAUCUUUACAAAUCGUUCCGCGCAAGAAUAUGGAUGGAGCUGGUGGAGAACUGA